AUGAGUGAAGGGGUGAACGCCGUCGCACGGUCUCCUUGGAAACUGUUCUUCGAUGGUUCAAGGACUAGCGCCUCAGCAGGGGCAGGGAUAAUGUUGUUGUCUCCUACUGGCGUUGAGACCCACCUCACUUUCCAGCUCUAUUUUUCGUGCAUGAAUAACCAAGCCAAGUAUGAAGCUUUGUUAAUCGGCCUCAAAACACUCAGCGCAAUGGGUGUGAGGAACGUGGAAAUCAUUGGCGAUUCACAGUUAGUCAUUAAACAUCUGGCCAAGGAGUACCGUUGUGAAAGCCAGACUUUGCUUCCAUAUUUUUCUCUGGCUCAGCAGUGUUUGAGCAAGUUUGAUGACUCCUCGGUCAAGCAUAUUCCACGAGCAGAGAAUAGUGUGGCAGACUGCCUGGCCCAACCCGCUUCAAGCGUUUUGUUUUCACAGGGCGAAGUGGAAAAAGUCUUCAUCAUCCAGAGAAAGACUUUCUCGUCCGUUCUUAAAGAUGAGACAUUUGAGAUAGGAUGUUUGGAUGAGGUUCAACCAGAUUGGAGGUCGCCGGUCAUUCACUUCCUCCAGAAUCCUGAUGCUAAAGUUGACCGGAAGACAAGGUAUCGUGCAUUGAACUAUCUACUUUUGGGGGAUGAAUUGUUCAAAUGGGGCCAUGAUGAUCUCCUCCUUAAGUGA